AUGCAAUUAACUUCGGUUGUUCUCAUUGUUUUCACUAUUUUCGUUGGAAUCGAAUGUUGUACAGAUUCAGCAUCGGCUUGUGCUUCAUGGAAAAAUAACGGAUUCUGUACCAAUUCCUUCUACACAAAUACACAACGAGCUGCAUAUUGUGCGAAAUCAUGUGGAUUGUGUAGUGAUACUACAACUGCUUCAUCUGGUUGUACUGAUUCAUCUGCGAAGUGAGUUUCAUUUUGGACACGUCUCGUCAGGUGUGAUACUCGAAUAUCUUAUUGUAUUUAUAUCAUCUUCCCAGAAAAAUAAAACUCCCAACUAGUUUCGUAAAAAAUCAACUUAUUUUUCUCAAUUUCAGCUGUGCCGGAUGGAAGGCAAAUGGUUUCUGUGACAGCACUCAUUAUACUGAUGCAGUAAAAACCCAAUAUUGUGCAAGUACAUGUUCGAAAUGUGAUUCUACCGGAACUACAGCUGCUGGAGAAGAAACAACAACUGGUGGAUAA